GACAGUGUUGCUCGGCGCUCCGUUGCGCGUCCCUGCUGCUUUUCUGCGCGGUCGCGUAGCGUUUCUCUUGACGGCGCAGCUGCGCGUGCCACCGAAAUUAUGUUGCCUCGUUGCUGAUCUCUCGGGAAACAAAAACGACGAUCACGGCCCCCGGUGACACGCGAUGCCCGGCGUUCCCUUGGUGUUCGAUUACUUCUAAAUGCCCACCUGUCCAACCACCAUCACCAACGUCGUCGUCGUCACGAUACAAAAGUGGAGAACACCAAUUUCGAACCAGCCUCCUCCGAGCUGAGGAUAAGCGCCAUGAACGGAACCAGGGGCAAUGGGAUUCUCCACCUAAAGAAUGGUAUCGAUUACAUCAACCCUGGUGAAGAAGAUCAAAUGGAAAUUUAUGGAUACAAGAGAAACAAUAUUCUAACCGCUGUUACUUGGUUCUUGAUUAUCAUUACCGGAGGGCUUCUUAGAUUGGUCUUUCACUGGAUACCGCAUCUUAUGUUGCUAGCAACUCAUUCCAAAUGUCAAUUAGAAACCGCAGACACUGUUUUGCUGGUAGAAAAGUUCCAAGGAAAACACACGAGUUAUUACGUAAAGAAAUUGCAGACUUUGGCCGCUCAAGAUAUACUCGGUAAACCUUUCGAUGGAAAAUCAUUGAUGGAUAACGAACCAUGGAUGGAGAACGGCAGCGUGAUAACCGUCAAGGAAGUAAAGGAAGAAUAUCCUUCCUCACUCUCGCUGCAUCUAGCCGGUGGACAAUUUAAACAGGUUCCGUCGAUCGUCCUGUUCCACUGCAAGAAGUUAACUUACGUUUGGGACCCCGAGAGAUCCGAGUUCCUAAAACUUCGUGGUUUAGACGUUGGUGUCCUAACUUCCACAUUGCAUCAGAUGCAAGGAUUAAAUUCGCUUGAACAGCAUAUGAGACGUUGCGUUUACGGAAACAAUGAGAUCGUAAUUCGAGUAAAGAGUAUUCUAACGCUGCUUUGUCUCGAGGUCCUUAAUCCAUUCUACGUCUUCCAACUGUUUAGUUUUUGUCUCUGGAUUGCCGACAACUAUUAUUAUUACGCCAUGGUCAUCUUGGCCAUGUCCAGCGUUGGCAUAAUUAUGGCAGUCUUCCAGACUCGUCGGAACCAACACAACUUACGUUCCACUGUACACUCUUCCGACGUGGCAACGGUGAUGAGAGACCGCGCGACCGGCCAAACAGCGACCGUGCCUGCUGAAAAAUUGGUACCUGGUGAUAUUUUGGUUAUUCCAUCUCAUGGCUGUUUGAUGCCUUGUGACGCAGUGCUUCUGACUGGGAAUUGCAUUCUGAAUGAAUCUAUGUUGACCGGAGAGUCGGUUCCUGUCACAAAGACGCCUAUUCCUUCGUCCAAUGAAAUGAUAUACGACAUUAAGGAACAUGCAAGACACACGCUGUUUUGUGGUACUCGAGUUAUUCAAACGAGAUAUUACGGUUCGGAGAAGGUUUUAGCUGUUGUUGUGAGAACUGGGUUCAACACCAGCAAAGGUGGACUGGUCAGAUCCAUUAUGUAUCCUCCACCUGUUGAUUUCAAGUUUGAACAAGAUUCUUACAAGUUCGUCGUAUUAUUAGCUGGUAUAGCUAGUAUUGGCGUGAUUUACACCAUUGUGACAAAGGCUAUGAGAGGUGUCCCAAACCAUCACAUCGCUCUUGAAGCGUUAGAUCUGGUUACCAUCGUAGUACCGCCAGCUCUACCAGCGGCUAUGACAGUUGGUCGAAUGGUGGCACAGCGCAGACUUGAGAAAAACAAGAUUUACUGUACGAGUCCAAGAACGAUCAAUGUGUCAGGAUCAAUUGACUGCAUCUGUUUUGACAAAACUGGAACGCUGACUGAAGAUGGUCUCGAUAUGUGGGGCGUAGUGAAUACCAUCGAUAAGAAAUUCCAGCCGCCUAUCAAAGAUAUCACAUCCUUGCCCCUAAACGAUGUUCUCAUCGGAAUGGUGACUUGCCACGGAAUCACUAUAAUAGAAAAUCAACUCGUCGGAGAUCCACUCGACCUAAAAAUGUUUGAGUCUACGGGUUGGAGCUUGGAAGAGCCCGAUGUAUCCGAUACGUCAAAAUUCUCGAUGCUUUUCCCUACAAUAGUGCGACCACCGAAAGGCUCCAAUCUAUUGAAGAAGCUACCCAACGAAAUAAGAAUCUCGAUCAGCCGACAAAAUUCUAUGUCUUCUGACAUGAUCGAUAACAUCUCUUUAAACAACCUUGAUACCACGUUGACUGGUUCCACGACAGAAUUGGGGGAGCAAGGUUUAGAAAUUGGAAUCGUUCGUCAAUUUCCGUUCACAUCUAGUCUCCAAAGGAUGAGCGUGAUUACCAGGACGUUGGGAGCUAAUCAUUACGACCUCUAUUGCAAAGGCAGCCCAGAAAUGAUUCUCAGCCUCUCCAGAGCAGAAUCCAUCCCAGCAGAUUUUGGCGCUGUGUUACAAGACUAUACUUCGGAAGGCUACCGUGUGAUCGGCCUCGCACACAAAUCUUUGAAUCGUCUUCCUUACGCCAAGGUCCAGCGAUUGAGUCGCGAGUCUGCAGAGUCCGAUCUGACGUUCUUAGCAUUCGUCAUCAUGGAAAACAGAUUGAAACCAGAAACCACGCCUGUGAUCAGUGCAUUAAACACUGCCUGUAUAAAGACUGUCAUGGUGACUGGCGACAAUAUGCUAACUGCACUGUCCGUUGCCAGAGACUGUGACAUCGUGAAGCCAGGCACAGCCGUCAUUGCAGUCUCUGCCACUCAGCAUAACCAGAUGAAACCACAAAUAUAUUUCACGAAGAGCAGCAGUCAGCCAUCUAUGGGACACGGGGAUCUCAGCGAAAUGACUGAUUUGAAUAGUGUAGCUAGCUUGGAAACAGUGGAGAGUGGCUCCUUUGGGAACAAUCAGUUCGAUAACGAUGUCAAUUAUUUAGCCGACGACUUACACCAUUCAAAAAACAAAUACGUGUUUUCACUCACGGGUAAAACGUGGGCACUAGUCAAACAAUAUUACCCAGAACUGAUUCCCAAACUUGUCACUCGUGGAGCAAUCUUUGCGAGGAUGUCGCCAGACCAGAAGCAACAACUCGUUCAGGAAUUGCAAUCUUUGGGAUACUAUGUUGCUAUGGUAGGUGAUGGGGCAAACGACUGUGGAGCUUUGAAAGCUGCCCACACCGGAAUUUCUCUCUCUGACACUGAAUCUUCAGUAGCAUCGCCGUUUACCAGCCGCGAGACUAACAUUUCUUGCGUAUUGACCGUGAUUCGAGAAGGUCGCGCAGCUUUGGUCACUUCCUUCGGAAUUUUCAAGUAUAUGGCGAGUUACUCACUCACUCAAUUCAUCUCCGUGAUGCUGCUGUACAGUUUCGAGUCGAAUUUGACAGACAUCGAGUUCCUCUACAUAGAUCUCUUUAUCAUCUCGAUCUUCGCUUUCUUCUUUGGUCGUACCGAGGCCUACGAUGGUUCGUUAGUCAAGACAGCUCCUCUGAACAGUCUCAUUAGCAUCACUCCCAUUCUUAGCUUAGUGACUCAAAUUUUAAUCGUGGCUCUAUUUCAGUCCGUUAGUCUAUGGCAUCUUCAACAAAUGGAUUGGUUCAAACCGUUCAAUGCUACGGAGAAAGCUGCUGAGAACAAGGACGAUGUGAGCUGUACCGAAAAUUACACGGUUUUCAUAAUCAGUUCCAUGCAGUAUAUCAUUCUGGCUGUGACGUUCUCUAAGGGUCAUCCAUAUAGAAAGUCUCUGUUCACGAAUUACGGUCUGCUCACCUCGUUCAUUUGUCUCAGCCUCUUCUCCGUUUACCUCGCGACCUUUCCCUUUGAGUGGCUGAGUAACUGGUUCGAGCUGAUCCUUCCAGAGAACGUUGGCUUCCGCUUCAUCUUGGUCGGCUACGGUAUCGUCAACUUCGUGAUCUCGUUGCUAAUGGAGUACUUCUUUGUUGACUACCUCGUUUUUAGAAAAUUACGCUAUCGUUGGCAUAACAUAGACAAAUCUAGACGAAAGUUCCUCGCGAUUGACCGUGACAUGGCACGCGAUUUAAAAUGGCCACCGAUCUCCCAAGAACCGUUACCAGAAGCUGCUCCCGAUAUCCUGAUUCGUCAAAACGUCACCGAGAUCAAGAUCGAGAAACGCGUUCCCGAGUCCUGUCAUCCUGUGGACACGAGCUUCAUGAACAGUCCGAUCUGUGAGAACUUCAAGCACUUUGGCUCUGCCAGAGAAGUCACUCUAAAUCCCAAGUCCUUGUUCAACGAUCGCAGAAACACCGUAUCCAUGCAAACGGUUCCUUGCUUCGAGGACAGAGAUUCCGUGCUGAAACAACCGAACAUAGAGCUAACAGCGAAGAGAAGAUACAAUUCGGAAUCGGAGAAAGGGAUCAAUCGGUACGAAAAAGCCAGUUUUAAGAGCCACAGCACAAAUCCAAUCGCAACCCUGCCUAGGAACACUGCUAUGGCUCUUCAACCGCAGAAAUUGAGGGAUUUGAAGAGCGCCUUGAUGCACAAAAGCGAAUAUGGCUUGUCUCCCACUACACAAAGUGUCCUUGAACUCGAUAUUCUACCGUCGUAGAACAGAGCGAUUUAUCCUCGUGGGAUUUGAAUUGGUAGUGACCAAAGAACGGUACUUCGAGCAACGAACGGUAAUCGUUACAAGUUUGAAGAACGAUCUACUGUUUGCUAUUCGACGUACCUGCCCGAUUUCAUAGACCGGAUUGUCACGAAGUAUCUCCACUUUAUCUGCCAGUGCAUUUGUUGUCCCAUGACAAUUGCAAUACAAGACUGUUUUCAGCUGCUAUACGGAAUCACUCAGGAACGUUUAAUUCAGAGACGAUCAGGAAAGUUUCGAAUCACCAGCAUUCAACUGGAAGAAACGAUAUGGCAAAUUUCCGACACGAUCUCUAAUCUAAAUAUCGUUCACAAGAGUGCAUUUAGAAUGCCGCGGCAUUCACGACAGCUUGGUAACCAACGAUGCAUCCCACGAGCAUCGUACGGUAGAUCAACUGAAGGGGUCCCUUUUGACCUGAUCUUUCUUCGUCCUCCUCCGUUACUAGUAUUCGAGCAUGCCAGACUCGAAAGAGAAAGUAUUAUCAUUAGUUUAUUUAACUUAGAUGAUGAAUUUUAACUUACUCUGCCGUCAGGGAGCACUGGUCUCGAAGAGCGAUCACCUUGGCGCAGACCGAACGAAAUAAAUAGUUAGAUACGUUCUUUUUCUUUUUUGGGGGGGGGGGCAUCUCUUUCGCGUUUAGACGCCGUCUUUUUUCACUGCGGUUUCAAAGAUAUACUUAAAAAAUAAAUUAAAGAUAAUAUAAUACAUGGAUCACGCGCUUUGUGUGACAAGAUGUAUAGAUGGUUGCGAAUGCUAAUGAAUUUUCUAAACUAGGAAACUAUAGGGAAUUGAUCAUAUUCCCGUUUUCACAACGAGCUUUUUUCUUUCUUUUUUUUUUUCGAUAUAAUAGCCAGGCAGUUGUUAUUGAAAAUAUCGAAUAACCUAAAACGACGCUCGACGCGUUAUCGACGUUAGUAGAACAAAAAGUCGUUUGUAUAAGAACAAUGAAAUUUCGUCGUGAAAGCGGGAAGUUAGUGUACUUUUUUGUUGGUGUGAAGAUGGGAAACUUGUAACUAUACCGUAGUUUAUCCCAUGAUAAUCUUAUUUAAUAGAACUUCGAUAACCGACGUCCUGCGAUCUGCAAAUGCAGAAAUUCGAUGCUCGUUGUCACAGAUACUUACUGUUAAACCGAAUAACGAGAUAAAUGUGUACUUAUAUACGCAAUGGAAAAUACAUACUUAAGCGCGUUAUUCUAUUAUUUGCAACGCUAAGCUUGCGUUGAAUUAUAGCGGUUGUCGAAUAACAAAGUAUGUUUUUAAUGUAAAA